AUGGAUGAAAUCGGUGCAAAACAGUUCGACGAACUUCGCGAUCGACGAAGUCAACAAGCCGGAAGUGACGACGGUUUACGAAGGACAUCUCGGACCCGGAAGGUCCCGCGUGAGUACGCAGAAUAUUUAAAUGAAAUACAUUCCAAAGGACUAAAGCAUGAAUUAUUAAAACUUUCGCAAAUUAUUGAAGUAUCUACAGAGUCUUUAAAAAUCUAUGAUUAUAGUAAUAUUGAGACUACAGAAAUUGAAAAAACUUUGGACACUAUACAUUCAAAGUGGGUUAAGUACCUCAAAGUACAUGAAGAUUAUUCUCAGCUGAUUAAUAACACGCGUGACUUGGAGCGUCUUAGCAUCCAACGUCAAAGUCUCGAACGAAAAAUAAAUGAAUGUAAUCAACUAGCUAUUGGUCAACUUAACAAGAGCAUUCGCAGUUUACAGAGAGACUCAAAGUUUGAGAAUGGUCUUCACCUUAAGGAUGAUGAUAAACUUUCUGUGUCAGUACAAAGUAGUGUUUCCAUGUCAAGGUCGUCAAAGAGUAGACGUUCAGGGGGGUCCUCUGUGUCGUCUAGGGUGAAGACAGCGGCUCGUUCAGCAGAAUUAGCAAGGUUGAAACUAGAGCAGGCUGAGAGAAGAGCAAAAGCAAAGGAAAAACAAAUGCAAGAACAGAUAGAAUGUGAGUUACAAGAUUUGCGGGACCAAGCGGAGUACUCUCAGUUAGAAGCCGAACUUUUGGCAGCCGAUCAGGCAGACGAAAGAUAUAGUGACUGCGGAAGCAUGCGUAGUUUAUCAAAGGCUGUAGCUGGCAACAGGGUUAAUAUGAAGGUAGAUGUAAAAAAUUCGACACCACAGGACAGAGCUUUCUACAAGACAGAUCACCCCUCAACUCGGCCUGAGUUAGUCAAAUCGCCACCCGAAUCAGUGGUCGAUAACAAGCAAGGGAUUGCGUCCUUUUCUGAGAAAUGCAAUGACACGGAGCCAUCUACACCCGAGUUUAAACCAAGCGUUGACAAAACUAAACCUGAUUUAACAACUACAUUACUCGAAAUGAAUCAGCAAUUGGUUAGUGCCAUGAAGCAGGGAACCGAAACAACCACUGUUAUGAAAGCCAUGUUACAGCGGCAAGGGAUUCCGAAACCCCAGCCAAUGAAAUUUAGAGGUGACCCUGCUCAGUUUCCUGUUUUUAAGAAGCGGGUGGAGGUUUGGUUAAACGAAAGAGAGUUUGAUGAAAGAGAAAAAAUAACUCGUCUUCUCAGUUUCGUGGAAGGUGAUGCUAGAGACGCAAUUGAACAUUGUGAACUGAAAUCAAACGGGUUUAGUCAAGCCAUGAAAAUAUUAGAGUCUCAGUAUGGUCAUCCUUCUAGCGUAGUCAAAGCAUCCCUAAAACGAGUCACGGUGGGUCCUCGCAUUGAAAGGGGAGACAACAACUCUCUCGCUAAGCUCAGAAAUAAUUUACGUUCCUGUUUAGAAGUCUUAAAGGACAAUGAGAAUUACAAACACGAAAUUAAUGCAUCAUCUAACGUUGAAAGAGUUGUUGAUCGUUUGCCAAUGCACAUGCAGAUAGAGUGGGUAAAGAAACUUCCGAAAAUUCGUGAUGAGACCAAAUUGAACCCCACAUUACAGCAUGUUCUAGAGCUAGUAGAAAGACAACUCAGAAUCAUGAACGAUCCCCAAUAUGGACACAUUUUGACUACAAAGAGGAAACCAAUUGACCCCAAGAACAGGCUACCGAAACCAUCACCUAAACCACCACUUCAGAAUCAGAUCUCGACGUUGACAACAAACCUCGAAAACUCCGGCCUUUGUCCGUGUUGCAAGGGUAAACACUCACUCACAAACUGUGACUCCUUUGUUAAGAAAACACCUGAAGAGCGAUGGGAAAUCGUAAAGAAUUUAAAACUUUGCCAUUUAUGCCUAGCGUCGGGACACAUGAAGGCCCAGUGUAUAUCAACCACCAUUUGUAAAUGUAAAGCUACCUACAAGCAUCACCCACUCCUUCAUCGAAGAAUUUCGCCACCAAAGGAUAACUCUAAAUUCCAGUCUAAUGAUCGUGAAUCCUCCAAUACCACUCAAAGACAACCAGAGAAAGACAAAGAGAAACCAGAAAGGGCAGCUGGAUCUGAACCACCCAAAUCCAAAUUUGGAAAGGACAGUCAACAAGAUUCGAUGGCAUCUUAUACGACAAUGACGCAAGGAAAGGAAAAUCAC